UAAGUGUCUUUUCAUAAGUGGUCUAAGAUUUGUAUUGGUAAAAUAAAGAACUACGGCUUGUGUCUGUUAUAGUUUUAUGCAAUUCAUGUAAUCGGCCACAUUAUGUUACUUAAUUAAAACCUACGUAAAUUGUCAGUGUUUACGACAAUUUAUGGUUUAGUGCUCAAGUAAAUCUUAAACCUAUUAUCUAUCAUAGGUGAAUAAUAAUAAGUGAAAUAUUUAUUACAUAGAAAAUUUGUGGUAGUAUAUAUAAUUAAUAUGUAACACAAAAAUAGUACAAUAUAGUAAUAUAGUCAAAUGCGUUUAUUUUAAACCAUUUUUACAGAUUAUUUUCAUCACAACUUCCGGAAAAUUAAUUAAAACGGCGUGCUUUUAAUUAUGAUUUCUUAAAAAAUUAUAUUUUGGUUUUCCGGUCUGCCAUACACGGACACGAUAUCUAGUUGAAUAUUUUUAUAUUGUAUCGCAGAAAAAAGUAACGGGGGAAGCCAUGUCGAGAUUCGCUGUGGUGUUGAUUACGUUUUGCAUGUGCACCACAUUGCUUCAGUGGACGCCGGUCGGUGCCGCGAACAUACUGGCGGUGGAGACCGUUCCGGGUAAAAGCCACUGGAACGUUAUGCGAUCAGUGCUACGAGCUCUGACGGACAGCGGCCACACGGUGACCGCGUUCACUCCGUUCGUGGAUGGUGACCGCGACGGUUACACAGAGGUGGACAUGUCCAAGCAGACAGAAUUAAUCGUCGAAGUGGACGUGACAUUAUUGAUGAAAACAGUCAGCAGCACGCGACCACUGAUCACGAUCAUGGCGAACGCGACCCGGGCAGAUUGCAACACGAUUUACAAACACCGACAGAUGAAAGCCAUCCUAAACGGGGCGGUUACGAAGCAAUUCGACUUGGUUGUCACCGAACCGUUAUUGUCCGAGUGCGUGGCGUAUGUGGCCACCGUGCUAGGUGUGCCAAUGAUUUACGUGGUUCCGGCACCGAUCCCCACGUUCUUGGAACGUCAGAUAACUGGACACGUCCCUAACCCGGCUGUUACUGCGCACAUCCUGUCUGAUCGAGGAGUUUUAAAAACGUUCGCGGAGCGUUUCGCCAACGUAGUGCUGACCGUUUACUGUUCGACGCUGACGUGGUACAACGAGCGUCAGCUACAGUGGGCUGACCCACGACCGUAUGACGCCGUGGAUCUAGCAAGACCGUCGGUGAUUUUCACGAACACGCACUUCAUCACCGAACCGGCUCGUCCAAUCACUUCAGAUGUUGUCCAAAUUGGUGGCAUACAUCUGACCCCUCCCGAACCUAUACCAAAGGAUAUUUUAGAGUUCAUCGAAGACGCGCCUCAGGGAGUGAUUUACAUUACAUUUGGUUCUGUGGUUUCGAUGUCAUCGUUACCAGAAAACGUUCAAAGUGCAUUUCGAGAGGCGCUUGCUCAGGUUCCACAGAAGGUGUUGUGGAAAUAUGAAAGCGAAAUGAAAGACAAACCAAAAAAUGUAAUGAUACGGAAAUGGUUUCCACAACGUGAUAUUCUUUUGCAUCCCAAUGUGAAACUUUUUAUUAGUCAUGGAGGCAUAUCUGGAGUGUAUGAAGCUGUAGACGCAGGUGUUCCUGUACUUGGAUUUCCUGUUUUUUACGACCAACCAAGAAAUAUUGACAAUUUGGUCGACGCCGGUAUGGCGAUCUGUAUGGACAUGUCAUCUGUUACCAAAGACACAUUUUUAAACGCAGUUUUAGAGAUAAUCAACAACGAUAGGUAUCAGAAAAAUGCUAAAAUUGUUUCCGAACGUUUCAAAGACCGACCCAUGACACCAGCAGAAUCAGUAGUUUACUGGACAGAGUACGUUUUACGUCAUAACGGAGCACCACAUUUAAAAUCGCACGCUCUGAAUAUGACUUGGUAUCAAUAUUUUUUAGUUGAUGUAAUUAGUACAUUUUUGUUCCUCUCUUUUGUCGUUUUUUUUAUAAUUUAUUAUUGCUUAAAAAUUAUUUAUGAAUAUAUAUUUAUAUAUUUCCAUAUUGUAAAAGUAAAACGUGAGUAAAAUAAAAUUAUGUAUGAACUUAAAAAAAUAAAUAUUGUUCUUAUGAUGAAUAAUAUAAAGAGUAUGGCCAAAAAGAAUACCUAAUAUCUGACUUAAUUAUAAUUUGUUUCUAUAAUCGA